UGGAUCCCUCUUCCAACCCCGGGAAGGAUUGAGGCAUGGGAGCGUCCGGAGGAUUUUAAUCCCACUCCUCCCACUGGUGGUGGAUCUGGUGCCAGCCUCUUUAGCCGUUCGCUUUGUCGGGGGUCCAAGCACAUAUUCUUCACCAAGUCUUGGACCCGGACUGGGAGCAGUGGGCGUCCCCGAUCGAUCUGAGGUCAGCUUCAGUACGCAGCACUCAUAUCCACACUAGUUAGGCGAACAAUCCAAUCGACCACUCCCAUUCUCGGUGGGACAGUCCGAGUGGGCAUUUGAUCUGAUGUCAGCUUCGGUGUGGGAGGUUCCGGCCGAGUUAAGCAAACACAGCCCAGCCAGUGGGAGCACCCGCGGGCAUUUUCUUCUGCAGGUGGGAUUGCCCGGUCGAUCCCAUGCUCCCUCUGUAGGCGCAGCAGGAGCAUCGGAGCAUCUAGAACCCCUUAAUCAGCCCAGCGGUGGGAUAACCCCAUUAUCAAUGACCCCUAAGCGGUGGGAGUACCCGGCUCCGCGGUGUCGUGUGGGUAAGUGGGAGUGUCCGGGGUUCCGGGGCAACGGAGCAGAAUCCCCCUUCUUCUGCUACUCUCCUUCAUCUUCGUGUCCCCUCUGGUCCUCGCCUUCGUCAGCAGCCACGUGUGCAGAUUGUCCUCGCGUGUCGGCAAUUGACCUGAUUACGAGGCGUUUCCUGCCCGCAUCCGUGCAUGAUUCCUUGAUCCCUCGGGACGGAAGUGCUUGUGAGUAUGGCAGCGAAUUGUCUGUAGAUCUCAUUAACCUAAGCUUAUCAGUCAGCGAGGUCAUUCAUGUACUUGACUACUUGCUUGUGUCUUUUUAAACGCACUACGGGAUGAGCUCAUGUCCGUGAACUCUUGUCCCUUGAGACCUC